AUGCCUCAAAAAGUUCUUACCGCUGAAAGAGAGUCGCUGCGGGCAUCCGGGAUCGGUCCCGCUACGCUAAGGCUUGUUUCCCAGAAAAGGCCGAGAGCAAGCAAAGCCAAGGACAAUCUCGCUCAAAAGAGCAGCAGGAAACAUCCACGCGAGGAUAUUGAACUCGCAGCACCUAAUGGAAUGCGCCCCUGCGGGCGGAAAACUACCUUAAUACAAUAUAUUCUAUCUUUUCUUGGGAAUACUGCUUAUAACAGUGGCACAAUGGUUCCUAAAGUAAAGUACGAAAGCCAUUCCGUUCGUUACAGUAGUCGGUAUCUCCAGGGGAGUCCAGAGCGUGUCAGAUUAGUGCAUCUCGUUCCAGCGCAAGCUUUCCAAAGUAGAGCAUAA